UUCGUAUACACGUAAAUCUGGUAUACUCUUUGCACAUUAUGCAAGUAAUGAACAAGUAUACACAUACUAUUGCACAAUUUAUAACAAGUAUGCGGGCCAUAUAUAUUUAUUCACGUUACAAGUUCAUAUCUCACAAUGGCAUAUACUAACAAUUCGGUUCUUAUACAAGUAGUCAUGCAAGUUCCCAAAAUCAAUUAACUAACAUCAAUUUAAGAUAGUCCACCAAGGGCAUCGGCCCACUAUUGAAAAAUCGGUCCACUUACAACUCCUUGUUGUCAGGCGGUGUAUUGAAGUUUGUUAUAUUCCCAUGCUAUUAGUUGGUCAAAGUUUAGUAAUAAUAAAGAUCAUAUGCACAACCGCCACAGUAACAAUAAAAUAAAAUAAAAGAAUCCGGUUGACACUUUAGUAUUAAAGGGGCCGAAUAAGUAACCAAUACCCACCUUUGGGCCGCCCAAACCCUACCAAUCGGAGGUCACAAGGAAUUUCCUAAUCUCACCUGUAAUUGACCGCCCAUUACUACCAAUCACUUGCUUAAUAAUACUGAUUUAUCUUUAUGGAACAUUGUGUAGCCUAAAAACAUAUAUAUACUAGCCGACAAUUUCAUGUGCACUUUUCCCACACAAUCCCAUGUAAUUCAAAGCAUGUUGGCCGACAUUUGUUAACCCAUCACAUGUACUGUUAAUUGACCUUUAGUAUAUUUGAGUGUGCACUAUGCUAUUGAUUUCGAUUGGACCCCCCCCCUUUACUCAGCCGCCAAUUCCAUGCACUAUUCAUAAAGUUACAUGCAAAUCAAAUAAUAAAAAAAAGAUGUUGGCUGACAAUUGCUAAAAUCACAUGCACUGUUUGUUAGACUUUUGAUGUUAUUAUCACUUGUGUAGUGUGCCACCGUUUAAUGAAACCAAUGACACACAACCAUUUCAAUCCCAAUUCGUAUAGCCUUCCACGUGAUGAUAUUACAACAAAUAUUGAGUGUAACCGAAUGAUUGGGCCGUUUAAAGUCUAGUUAUUUUCAUUGAUGCACACUAAAUUCGAUGCUCACUGACAUUCACAUGCUUACAUGAAAGCCACUGGACCUAACAUUCCUACAAAUCAAUCCAUCUAGCCGACCAUAAAUACAAGAUUUUGUUACUCAUUCAACAGUCUAAUAAAUCUAUCAUAUAACUAUAAUAUGGUUGACAUAUAUCACGUAUAAACACCCCACAUGUCAAUCAGGCAUAUAAACAAGAUUAAAUGAACAAGAUUCAUUGCGAGUACAAUACACUAACCACAAGUUUGCUCCAAAAGGACGAUGUUUCGAAGGGGGUUUAUUCACUGCCGUCGCACAACCAUUAGAGAGUUUAGGGUUUGAGUUUAUGAAUACUAACCAGUCACGUAAUCCUUUUGUGCGUGAAUAUAGUGUAUGGUAACCGGCCCCCUAAUCAAAACAAUCGCCCACUUGGACUUCUACUCGGCCCAACCUCUAUUUUUGUGAAUGAUGGCCCAACUACUACUUCAAUGCAUAAAGUGUGUGUACGUGUGGAUGAUAUCCCUAGCCAGCCCAUGAGUUAAGUAACAAGGUCCAAGUAAUCAGCCCACAAUCGCUUUUUAAUACAAUACACAUACAUAUCAGAUAGACACUUAUAAUGCACGUCACGUAUAUAACCAAUGCUUCGUGAACGAGUAUUAAGUUGAGUGGAAACCUUGGAAACUCGGGUUGUCACAAUCGUCAUUCCCAAACCUUCACCAGCUACCAGGCCCCGGAGUUCAAGCUCCCGUAAAAUCUCUGAUACAUUCCCCUAUGAGAAUUACGGGUUCAUCGAAGCAAGCGGAUUUAUGACUUCUUUUCUCAACCAGGGUCUCGAACCUCUGGUUUACUUAUAUCAGGAAUCCUGUGGGCUCAACAAGACGCUUGAAUCCAAAUUGAAGAAAGCUGAAGUCACCAUCUCUGAUCAGGGCAUGAUUGUAGCCGCCAAAUCUCGGCACUACGAGGAGAAGUACAAGGCUAUGACCCAAGAACACCAGACCACUCUUAAUAAAGCUGCUCUUCAAGCUCAGAGCGAUCUUGAUGCUGCCCAUGCUCAACAUAAACAGGAUAUGGUCAGCUACCGGGAAAGCCUCAAAAGUUCCGUCGUCAUUUCUCUCCUCCAGGCCAGGCUAAAGAUGGCCUACGAAGCCAAAACACUAGGCUUCGAAUGCCCUUCUUGGGACAUCAGUCCUUGGGAAACAAAGCUAAAGAACCUUGGCAGCACCUCUAUCAAACCUGCUGCUGAAGAAUCUUCAAAAGCAGUUGAAAAACCAACCGGUGCUGAGAAGGAUGCUGAGGUGGAUCCCGAGACGGAUGCUACUGAAACUACUAUGAACGAAGAAGGCGCUGCUUCCUAAAACUUAUUUUCUUUAAAUUUGAGAAUUAUGCUUUCGUUUGAACAAUUUUAUUUCUUAUCCUAUGAACAGUUUCUAUUUCGGUAUUAAGACAAUGUGAUAGCCGGAGGUG